AUGAAAGAAAGAUCAGCCAGACCACGGGCGCAGGCUCCCCAGGGUGCUCAUGGAAUGGCUAGCUUCAUCUCUGUCUUCCAUGCGAGCAGUCUGGCUACGCCGCAAGAGCCAUCACAACCCCAGAAUCGAGCGACCCAGCAAUAUCAGCGGCCGGCGGACAAUCCCUAUUUCUACAUACCGGGACAAUACUGGGAGUCUUUGGACUACUACGACAUGGCCAUGGAUAUAUGUACCGACUUUUCAGAUUUUAGUCAAAUAACGUCUCCCUUUGUGUCGAACAACAAAACCCUCAGCUUUACAGACGACUUCUCCCCCCUUGACUCACCGCUCGACUUUGCGCCCGAGGCGCCGGGGAGUCCGAAUGAUGCUUUGCAGCUAGCGCGCACCAACUCUGCUGUCCAGGGAGGUCCUGAUACAGAGACUGAGUGUCCGGGCCAGGGUCGAUGCAACCCGCCACAUCUUCCGUGCAAGAACUGUGAAAAGGAUAAGAAAGAGAGGAGGAAAGAACAGAACCGAAAAGCGCAGCGGAAUCACCGAUUGCGCAGCGAGGCCAAGCUCGAGCAGUUGAGGGCAAGGGUCAAGUCGCAAUCCGACGAGAUUGUGAUGCUUCGAGACUUCAACCAAUCGCUGCUGAAGCACAUUGAGACGCUCGAGAGCAAAUGCAAGGAUGGAGGGACGGCCGACGAGGACACAGAGACAGAGGCAGCGAAUGUCCCUCGACAGGAAAAGUCGCCACCCCGUUGA